AUGAUGUUGUCAACUAGGUGGUUACCGUCAACGCCUAUAACGAUAGAGGGUAGGGAGUGCCCGACAGACCUUAUAGAACUAAGUAUACUAGAUUAUGAUGCCAUACUUGGCAUGAAUUGGUUAUCCAAACAUGGAGUGACGAUUGACCAUCAGAAAAAGGAUGUGGAGUUCAGACCAGAAGAAGGAGAAAUCUUUUCUUUUAAAGGAGAAGUAGUGGGUUUUCAUACACCCAUAAUAUCGGCACUGGAAGCACGGAAUAUGAUGCAACAUGGUUAUUUGGCAUUUCUAGCUAGUGUGGUGGAUAAAUCCAAGGAAACAGAGUUGAAAUCAGAGAAUGUGCAUAUUGUCUGUGAGUUCCCAGAGGUGUUUCCCAAGGAAUUACCAGGAUUACCCCUGUACAAAGAAAUCGAAUUUAUGAUCGAACUUGCACUAGAAACAGCACCGAUCUCUAAAGCACCCUAUUGA